AUGGAUUCCGAUACCAGUCUAAUAUCCAGCCAGCCGUCCUCCCCGGAUCUCUUUCUGUCUGACGAGCCCUCCUCGGGCUUCUCAGGCACCGUGUCCUCCACACAGAGCGAGUGCGGCGCCGAGCUGUGCGGCGAGCGAGGGGGUCAGCUGAGAGCCAAGGACAACCUCAGGUUAAAAGACAAGAAGCAAAUGAGCGAGUCGGAGCUCCAGCAGCUGAGGCUGAAGAUCAACAGCCGGGAGCGCAAACGAAUGCACGACCUGAACAUCGCCAUGGAUGGGCUCCGGGAAGUCAUGCCUUAUGCACACGGACCUUCGGUGAGAAAGUUGUCCAAAAUCGCCACUCUGCUCCUCGCCAGAAACUACAUCCUGAUGCUCACCAACUCCUUGGAGGAGAUGAAGAGGCUGGUGAGUGAGAUCUAUGGUGGCCACCACAGCAGCUUCCACCCAUCGGCGGCCUGCGGGACCCUCGCCCACGCCGGGGCGCCUCUGCCGGGCCACCCGGCUUCUCACGCCCCUCACCCGGUUCACCAUCCCAUUAUGGCCCCGGCCGUCACUUCGGCCUCCCUCUCGGGCGGCGGCAGCAUCUCGGCCGUGAACAGUAUGAGAGCCCCCCACGGCCUCCUGAAAUCGGCGGGCACAGCCUCGGCCCCGCUGGGCAGCAGUUUCCAGCAGUGGGGAGGGAUGCCCUGCCCAUGUACCAUGUGCCAAGUGCCGCCACCUCACCACGUGGCUAGCAUGACCACAGCCGGCAUGUCGCGGUUAUCCUCGGACAGCAAGUGA